UACGUUUUCUUGCAAUGGCAUCAACGCUUUUGUGGCACUCAAUGGAGCUCCAACCCAUAACUCGUAAUCUUCUAUUAGUCCAAAAUCAUAUCUGCAAGUGGCAGAAACAUCCAAGAUUUGGUUCAGGUGCCCAAAUUCUGGGCCAUGGAUGUAUCCUGAAGCAUAUCACAUCAAGCAAAAGAUAUUCCUCAAAAAGUUUUGGAGCUUCCAUCUCUUGUUCUACAGGUGUGGACAAAGAUUUUUUCUUACCUCCCAUUACCCAACUAGCUGAAGCAAAGAUGAUUUAUUCGGUAGCUCCUGCCAUGGGUCAUAAUAAGGAGUCGCAUCCAGAGUCUCAUUUUAGAGUUCCUGCAAUUGUUAGUGCUCUUGAAAAGAUGGAGCUUACUCCGAAGUUCCGAGGAUUGGAGAUCAUUGAACUGCAAAAUUUCAGACCAGCUUCUGUUGAUGAUGUCGCAAGUGUUCAUGCAAGAGCUUAUGUGUCAGGGCUUGAGAAGGCCAUGGAUCAGGCUGUGGAACAAGGUAUUAUUUUCAUUGAUGGAUCUGGGCCAACUUAUGCCACUGCCACUACAUUCCAGGAAUCCUUGAUCGCAGCUGGAGCUGGAAUUUCCUUGGUUGAUUCAGUGGUAGCAGCAUCGAAAGUUAAACAGGACCCUCCCAUAGGUUUUGCUUUGAUCAGACCUCCAGGUCAUCAUGCUGUUCCAAAGGGGCCCAUGGGUUUUUGUGUUUUCGGGAACGUGGCAAUUGCAGCUCGGUAUGCUCAGCGUGUACAUGGAUUAAAGCGAGUGUUAAUCAUUGAUUUUGAUGUUCAUCAUGGCAAUGGAACUAAUGAUGCAUUCUACGAUGACCCGGACAUAUUCUUUCUAUCAACUCACCAAGAUGGAAGCUACCCCGGCACUGGUAAAAUUGAUCAAAUAGGUAAUGGAAAUGGUGAAGGAGCAACACUAAAUUUGCCUUUACCCGCUGGGUCAGGUGAUAUGGCAAUGCGUACUGUGUUUGACGAAGUCAUCCUACCAUGUGCUCAAAGGUUUCAACCGGAUAUUAUUCUUGCAUCAGCUGGUUAUGAUGGGCACGUGUUGGAUCCAUUAGCCAGUCUACAGUUUACAACAGGAACAUACUACAUGCUUGCAGCUAACAUUAAACAACUAGCAAAAGAUCUAUGCAGGGGACGCUGUGUCUUCUUUCUGGAAGGAGGAUAUAAUCUUGAUUCUCUUUCAUAUUCAGUUGCAGACUCGUUUCGAGCUUUUCUUGGGGAACCUAGUUUAGCCCCUGAGUUUGAUAACCCUUCCAUCUUGUAUGAAGAGCCAUCAACCAAGAUAAAACAAGCUGUUCAGAGAGUCAAGUUCUUACAUUCUCUUUGAUGCCUACAACUACUUGAUUUUUUCCUAUACUUGUCCUUGGCUAAAAUGUGGAUCCUUAGGUUUGCGUUUUUUCUUGUGGCACAUCUUGAGAUGUCUCAUUAUGGCUGUAUUUGAUAUAGCAAUCAGACUAUUUGUAUAAGCAUAUAUUGUAGUCAUACCCAAAAUUUAGGUACUUUAUGAUUAACUUUUUUGUUAAAUUGGAAAAAAUAUUCAAUAAUCCACUUCAAUCCUUCUGCA